CAGGACAUUGAUGACAUGCGCUACCGUGCUAUCAUAACCAGCCCCAAGCAGUUGGUGAAGGCUGGUGGAGAAUUUGAAAAGCUCCUGCAGAAACCCACUUUCACAUCACAGAUAAUGGGGUUUGUGUUUGACGAAGCUCACUGUAUCACAUCCUGGGGAGAAUUUUGCAGUGAAUAUAAAGAGCUCAAGCGCUUGUGGUACAUCUUACCUUGCUAUGUUCCAUUCAUGAUUGCAUUGACCAUGCCCACACCCAAUACCCUGCAAGAUGUGCAGAGGUUGCUUCAUAUGUGUUCAGAGAAUCUCUUGCUUGUCCAUAUGUCCACAGAUCAACCAAAUAUCAAAAUCUGUGUGUGCAAAAUUAGAUAUUCUCUCUCAUCAUACACGGACCUGGCAUUCCUCAUACCUACAGGU